AUGAAAACAAACGCACUGCUCUGUCUGACAGCAGGGACUGAACGCGCCCGUAUUACAGAGAUACACUUUCCAUCUUCGGAUCAGACAUGCUCAAAGCUGUGGGGCAAGUUCUGUUCUCCAGUGGACUGCAGAACCCGAAAUUCACUCCAGCAGAGAAACAGGGACAGGACUAUGAGAUCCGCACCUACCAUGCCACCAAGUGGGUGAGCACUACUCUGAGCGGGAUGAAGAUGGAUGAAUCCUUGAGCACAGGUUUCCGUAGACUCUUCAGCUACAUUCAAGGCAACAAUAAAGAUAAGGUGAAAGUGGAGAUGACAGCUCCUGUGUCGUGCCGUGUGGACCCCGGAGCCGGCCCUGCAUGUGAAUCUCAGUUCACCGUCUCCUUCUACAUCCCAGAAGAGCAUCAGGAAAAUCCACCUGAGCCGGGCGACGCUGACGUGUUCGUGGAGCCCAGGAAAGAGUUCACAGCUUAUGUCAGGAGUUACGGUGGGUUCUCCAAUGAGAACAUGAAGCGCCAAGAGCUCCUCAAACUUCUGGAGAGCCUGCAGAGAGACGGAGUGCCGCAUGUUGACCAUCCUUUCUACGUAUGUGGGUACGACAGUCCCUUCAAACUGACCAACCGUAAGAAUGAGGUGUGGGUACUCAUGAAGGAGCCAGAGUAGGAUGUAUCAAGGCCAACUCUUAGUCCAACAUAACCACGAUUUGUUUUUGUUAAAGUAUGAUCAUUUAUGACUUUAUAACAUCUGAACAGUUCUGCCACACUAAUCUGAAACCAAAGGGACUAAAAUAGAAAUGUCAUGUAUAGUAAUAAUAGUGAUAGUUUUUAAGGUAACGCUAACAACAGACAUUUUAAAAUACUUUUUAUUAUAAUAAUAAUAAUACAUUUUAUUUGGUGGUGUCUUUCAAGUCACCCAAGGUCAGCUUACAGGGAAUAAAAUAAAAAACAUUCAUCAUUAAAACAUCAUUAAAACAAACAGACUAAGUAAUAAUAUAAAAUAAAAAUAAAAAUAAAAAAAACUAGUGAAGUGCACAGGGUUCAGUUAAAGGGAAUAUGCUAAUUUGAAAAGGUGGGUUUUGAGUUGGGAUUUGAAUGAUGAUUUUUCCUGUCUGUCUUAAUUUUUUUACUGCCUCCACUAAAAGUUACUGAAUUAUAGACUCACUGGAAUAGGCCAAACAAGCUCUAACAUAUGAAGCUGGAAGAAAAACUGAGUGCAGUGGCACAUUGUGUCCAGCAGGUGGAGCCAAGACGCCAGGAAACAUUUCUCUCAUUUGAUGCACUUUGAGAUGACAAAAAACCACAAGUGCCUUUUUUCUUUUUUUUUUAUGAAUUGUUGAGUAUGGACUUAUUUUCUUAAUUUAAUGAUUCACAAUGCAAAUUAAUAUGUAUCAAUUGAUCUAUAUUUCUAUUCAAAUGACCUGAAAAUGAAGAUUAAGUGCAGGAUGGAGAAAUGAAGGUUAAUUCAGAGCUGUUUUGAAACUCUAGUUACAUACCUGAGCUUUUUUUUUUCUAUUAUCAGUUGCUGUUUUUGUUCCUCCAUGUCAAUUUUGGCUUUUCAACAGUGACUCCCUAAUGUAAUUCCAGCAUUAUAUAAUAGGGAUUGAAAUCAACAGUCCUCAUGCUGUUAGAGAAGUGAGCUUUAAAGUUCAGCCAAAGCCAAAAUUAAGCAUGAAAUAUGUCCCGAAAGGCAUGUGUCUUUCAAAUAUUUACGGUCUCUCUUCUUUGAGUUACUGCAGAUGGUGGGAAAAAAAUAAACAUCCACUGACCUUCUUAUGAGGUCCUGCAACUCUUAAUGCCAUUUACCACAGGAGGAGAAUCUACUACAGUGACUGAAAAUACUUAAUUUUCAUGCUGAAAGGAUUUUUUUUAUAUCGAGAUGAACUUGAAAAUUGUGAAUCCAUCCUUAAACUGUGCAGGUCAUCUGCAGAGUGUGACAGCAGCAGCUUUCUUCCUUCUGUCACUCACUGGUCUCACUGUGAAGGUGACUCUGCCCGCCUGAUAGACUUAAUGUUGGUAAAUCUCAGUUUGUCUGAUCUCUGUCCUCACUUACUGUCACCACUGUCACACUUGUUACCGUGAGCGGACUGAGUCACAGUAAAUCUGGGCCAGAAAAGUUGGCACCAUUCUAGAGUCUGCCUAAAAAAUACAUUCCCUGAAUAACUUUGUCGUUUACAGCCUCAGAGCUUCAACUCAGAUUUAUCAACAUGUUUGGUGCUAAGUGGGUUGAACAUUUUUGCAAAGAGUGACUUACUAGCUAAUAAAAAUCAUUGCUUUUAAUGUAUACCUCCUUUUUAUACAUGAAGUCUCAUGUAUAACUCAUGAUGUACUAAAACUGUGUGUUUCUUAAUGAGGAAGGGAUACUACAAGGAACUUGAUAAGGGAACGAUGACACUGCACUAUGAAUCAUGGAGGAUUAUACUUGUGUUUAAACAAUGUUUGAAAAUGUAAUAUCUAAUCAAAUAAUAAAGAACUCAGCAUGAAACUA